GGAACGUCUGUUUAUUCCGGAGGGCCUGGGGUCCGGCCACAUUCUGUCACUGUGGAGAAGGGGUCUUGGGUGUUGACAGUGACCUCGCAACUGCUCUUGUAUUUUGCACACUUGUGAGCAAGACUUAGAAGCCACCGGCCUGAGCUCUGUGUUAACUUAAGACUGACUGGUUUGAGCACCUGUUGCAAUAGCUAUUCAUCACUUCCUGGAUGUGACCGGGAGACAAAGUGUGGAUAUGUGAGAGCGGAGGGUUAAACUAAAGAAGCUGUUCUGGAGUCAAGACAGCAAGCAGGAAGAAGAGCCUUGAGGAGGUUUAGAGGGCCACCAUGCUCCCCCAGUUCCUCACUCUGCUCUUCACUGGGCUGCGUGUCAGCCAAGGAGACACGGCAGGAGGAGGGUCCCUGCCCAAGCCCUCCCUCACCGCCUGGCCCAGCUCCGCGGUUCCUCAGGGCAGUCCCGUGAGGCUGACGUGCAGGGCUCCCAUCACGGACCUGGGGAAGACUUUUCUCAUAAGGGGAGGACUUACCGUGGAGGACAUGUCCUCGUCUGAGACGACAGGGGGCCUGGCCUACUUUAACUUCACUGGUAUACAGUCCAGUCAAGCUGGAUGGUACACCUGUGAGUACCAGAGGAAAAAUAAGCCCCGAGAUACAUCACCACGCAGUGAGGCCCUUCUGCUCCUGGUGACAGGUUACUUCCCUAAACCGAGACUCCAAGCCCCGCCAAGGGGAGAGGUGCCCGCAGGAGGGAAUGUGACCCUGCAGUGCCACUGGCCCCAGCACAUGACUGAGGCUACACACUUCGCGAUACUGAGGGCAGGAGUGUCAUCGACACCCACCCAGGUCUGGGUGUCACAGAGGAGGGGGGCCAGCUUCUCCCUUCUGAAUGUGACAGCCAGUGACAGUGGGAACUACAGCUGUGUGUACCACCAGACCCAGGCUCCAUUCCUGGCCUCACACCCCAGUGAUCCCAUCUCCAUCCAGGUGACAGAUAAAGAACAGCAGGGGACAUCCAAAGGACUAGGUAAGAGCACAGACGUUCUGCAGACACGCAGGCGGUCCGGCCUGGGGCGGGCUUUCCUGCCGAAGCAGCAGGAGCCGCGAGGCCUCACGUGUGUUUCCACGUGCUCGGACCCUGCCGGCUCCUCUUCCAAGGAGCAGGGGGCCACAGAAGUCACCCUCAUUGCCGUCUUCACUUCACUGCUCCUGCUCCUCACAGCUGUGCUCAUCUACAAACACGCCCGAUGUGGGGCAGCUCCUGGCAAGGUGACCGCAAGCCCCCACUCGUGGAAGGAACCUGAAGAAGCGGAGACAAGUAAUCACGGCUGCGCGUAUGCAUCUGUUCCCAGGCUGAGCUGCUCUCCGGCCGCGGAUGAAGGCACUUGGAUGUCAAGAGCUGAAGAACCCUAUGGAGUGACUUAUGUUGAGCUGAACACCAGGUCCCUACAGGAGCACCCUUCCAACCAGAUGAACCAGUCUCUGGAAACCUGUGUCUACUCAGUCCUUAAAGCAUAGGGUGGGCACCCUCCCUAUGCUAUGUGCGGCGGGUUAAAGCGCAGCACUGAGAAGCUAAAGCCACUUCAGCAUGAGUUCGAUUCCAGCCUGC